CGACGCCAGGAAGUAUUCUGAGAUGUGACAUGUUUUGCUAAAGUUAGCCGAGUUUGUGGAACAGUAAGAAGGAAUAACGUCUGAUGUUUGGUUGACCCAACAAGCACCGAGUGUUUAGAAGCGAACAUGACGGAAGAAAAGAGCGCAGCAGCCCUGAAGGAAGAGGGCAACACUCUGUUCAAGUCUGGGGACGUGCAGGGGGCUGUCGGUUGUUACACGAAAGCGUUGAAGUUGAGCGAUAGCCAGGGAGACACCGCUGUCCUGCACCGCAAUAGAGCUGCCUGCUACCUGAAGCUGGAGGAGUUCAGCAAAGCGGAGGCUGAUGCCUCGAAAGCUCUCGAUGUGGAUCCCGGUGAUGUGAAAGCCCGGUUUCGCCGAGCUCAAGCUUUUCAGAAGCUCAACCGUCUCGACCAAGCCUUCCUGGAUGCUCAAAGAUGUGCCCAGUUGGAGCCCAAAAACAAAGCCUUCCAGGACCUUCUCCGACAGCUUGGGGCACAGAUUCAGCAGAAGUCACUGCAGCUGAAUUCCACUGACGCUCGUGUGCAGCAAAUGUUCUCCCUUCUUGUUGAUCCAUCUGCAAAAGACUCGGACAAAGAGAAGGCCGCUCAGAAUCUAGUGGUACUUUCUCGAGAAGACGCUGGUGCAGAGCAGAUUUUCCGUAAUGAUGGCGUCAAGCUCAUUGAAAAACUUCUGGGAUCGAAGCAGGAGGAAAUUGUCCUUUCAGCCCUGCGGACCCUGGUUGGUUUAUGUACAGGCCAUCAGACCAGAACAAUGGCGAUAGUGAACGAGCUGGGAAUGGGGCUGCUGUGCGCAGUGAUGGGAUCAGGAUCUUCAACUGUUUCAUUAGCUGCCUGCCACUUGCUGCAGGUGAUGUUUGAAGCUCUGACUGAGGGCAUGAAACGUGAGGUCAGAGGCAAAGAAGAAGCCAUACUUCCUGAGCCGUCUAAAGAGCUUCGAUCGAUGUUGCGCCAUCUGCUGGAGAUGAUGCCGUCGUCAACUGUAUCGGGGCCUGGCAGAGACAAUGCGAUCAACCUCCUGGUCAAACAAGUGCCCCGCAAGUCCUUAAAGAACCCGGACAAUUCCCUCACAUUAUGGGUGAUUGACCAAGGUCUGAAAAAGAUCCUGGAAGUGGCAGGAACAGUGCCUGAGCUCUCAGAUGGACCACCUCUUACAGAAAACUCCCACAUGAGCUGCUCGGUUCUGCUCGGAAAACUCUACGAUGACCUUCAGAGCGACAAAGAGAGGGAGAAUUUCAAUAAGCUGUGUGAAGAAUACACUCAGCAGCAUUUUAGUCGUCCAGGACUUGAUGGCAAGCUACGCGCCAUCCAGACGGUGUCAGUCCUUCUGCAAGGGCCGAGCGAUGUCGGCAACAGAGCUCUUGAAAUGUCCGGGAUGAUGGAUGCGGUGAUUUCCCUUUGUGCUUCCGAGGAUGUAACUCACCAGCAGAUAGCAGUGGAGGCGCUUAUCCACGCUGCAGGCAAGGCAAAGAGAGCCUCUUUCAUCACAGCCAAUGGUGUUGCUCUUCUGAAAGACCUCUACAAGAAGAGUGAAAACGACAGGAUCCGUGUCAGAGCCCUGGUGGGACUGUGCAAGCUUGGAUCCGCUGGUGGGACAGAUUUUAGCAUGAAGCAGUUUGCAGAAGGAUCGACGUUGAAGCUCGCCAAGCAAUGCAGGAAAUGGCUGUGCAACGAGUCUUUGCCUGCUACAUCCCGCCGCUGGUCAGUGGAAGGACUUGCCUACCUCACAUUUGAUGCUGAUGUAAAAGAGGACCUGGUGGAGGACAAGAAGGCUCUCCAGGCCAUGUUCAAACUAGCAAAGUCUGUCGAUAAGACAGUGCUCUUUGCCGUCGGCUCGACACUAGUGAACUGCACAAACAGCUAUGAGGUGGAGAAACCAGACCCACAGAUGGUGGAGCUGGCCAAGUAUGCGAAACAGCAUGUGCCCGAGGAGCAUCCAAAGGAUGCAUCUGCCUUUGUGGAGAAAAGAUUGAUGAAGUUGCUAGAGGCGGGAGUGGUGUCUGCGCUGGUGUGCAUGGUGAAACACGAGAGUCCGGCGCUGACUGAGGCUUGCAGAGAGUGCAUCGCCAGGGUUUUCUUGGCCUUGGUGGAACGACAGGAAGACAGAGGCACUGUUGUGGCUCAGGGAGGCGGAAAGGCGUUGAUUCCUCUUGCAUCCGAGAAUACAGCGCUGGGGAAAAUCAAAGCAGCUCAAGCUCUGUCCAAAAUAACGAUUACAUCAAACCCAGAGAUCGCCUUCCCUGGAGAAAGGGUGUAUGAAGUGGUGCGGCCCCUGGUUAGUCUGCUGAAUCUUGAAUGCACCCUCCUGCAGAACUUUGAAGCUCUCAUGGCCUUGACUAACCUGGCGGGAAUCAGCGAACGACUCAGACAGAAGAUCAUCAAGGAAAAAGCAGUGCUAAAAAUCGAGGGCUACAUGUUCGAGGAGCAUGACCUGGUCCGAGCCGCUGCCACCGAGUGCAUGUGCAAUUUGAUCCUGAGCACAGAGGUACAGAAGCUGUACCUCGCGACUGGUAAUGACCGACUCAAGCUGCUGGUGCUUUACAGCGGGGAAGAGGAUGAGAGGCUUCGGAGAGCUGCUGCAGGAUCAUUGGCCAUGUUAACUGCGGAGCAGCCGGAGCUGUGCGCUCGUAUUCCUGACACAACCAAGCACUGGCUGGAGAUCGUGCAGACUCUGCUGCUCAGCGAAAUAAACGACCUGCGCCACCGUGGAGUGGUGAUCGUUCGCAACAUGAUGCAGGCUGACAAGAGCGUUGCUGAGAAACUUAUGGAGAGUGAAGCGUUGGAAAUCCUGUCUGUCCUAGCAAAGGGAGAAGGAACAUCUGAGGCCAUUGUGAAGGUUGCACAGAGCUGCCUGGACAAAGCAGUGGAGUACGGCAUCAUCCGGAGUCGAGCGGAGGAAGCAGCAGGCGGAACUGAGCCAUAGGCCACAGACACAGUUGUGGAUUCGAGCUUUUAUUCGUGGCACAGCAAAUGUUAUGCAGAUAUUGCUAUUGGUCCAUGUUAUGGUCCUAUUUCCAUCACAAAGGGUUUAUGGAUGUUUACACGUUUGCAGUGUAUUUAUAUUUUAUAAUCUAGCGUUUAAAAUUCACAUCAUGUCUUAAGACCAGAAGCAGCUCACAGUCACAUUCCUCUUACAUAUUUUUAGACCAAACUACUUUUUUUGCCCAAAAAACAUGUCAUUUUGCUGAUGAAUUUUCAAUUCAGAACAUGAACGCUAUAGAAUCAAAACUACUAUGUGCCGUAAGAAAAUAAAGUUACAGGCACUGCCUUCUCAUUUCUUUCAAGUGUGUCUGCCU